AUGACUGCUACGGUACAUGUACGCAACAAAUCGCUCGUGCCAUGUCUGAAGAACGAGGGUUUUUUUGUGAAACCUUUAUCGCAAGGUGACGAUAAAAAACGGUGCAAAGGCAAUUUAAAAACAUACGAGCGACUGCACGAACACCAAACUCUAAGCAGUGCGAGGAGGUUUGCCUACUUUCAGGCAUACAAGGAUACGGUUCCUUCUGAUUCUCUGGAUGUAGCUCUAUCAUCCAGAUACGAUCACGAAAAGGAGCUUUUUCCAGCUAAAACCGAUUAUUACUAUCAAGCUGAAACACUUGGAGAACAGACUUGGAGGCGUUUGAGAAAUACGAGGGAUAUACCACCUGUUCCCUCGGAAGUGAUAGAGUUUGGAGAAAUAGCGAUUGGUGGAGGGAUAUCGGUCCCAACAUGCCAAAAGAAAAUAAAAGUGCCUGUUAUGCCAUAUAGAUAUAAUUCGGCUCAUACUGUCAGAAUAACUGGGCUUGUAGAAAGAAAAAAUCCAAAUAAUAUUCUCUUAAUGCAUUCUUCUCAUCAUUCUUCCCAAACAAAUCCUGGGUUUUCCAGACAGUCAUUGGACGGGAACAUCUUUCAAUAUUAA